AUGCAAAAUAUGCAGGACGAAGUGGAAUUAAAGAGCGGAGGAACUGUGCGUUCGGGGCCAGCAGGGAGUGGGCAUAAUGCCUAUGAGAGUGUUACGUUGCGCGAAAAACAGCACAUGGAGAGAUACCUCAACUUCUUCUCGUCCGUCGCAUUCUCCACUUGCUUGCUUGCCACUUGGGAAUCCGCUGGCGGCAGCUUGCUCGCAGGCCUGUACAAUGGCGGCCCUGCAGCGAUUGUUUAUGGAAUAAUCUUGAGUACCGUGGGUAAUCUGGCGAUCGCGUGCUCGUUAGCCGAAUUAGCCUCUCUACAUCCCACGGCAGGUGCUCAAUAUCACUGGAGCUAUUUUCUCGCUCCUCGCGGCCGUCGAUUCAUAAGCUUCUUCCAGGGUUGGGUCACCGUCUUCUCCUGGUCUGCUCUCGUCUGCAUUGCACCAUAUUUCAUCGGAACCCAGAUCCAGGGCAUGGUUGUGCUGGCGUACCCCGAGUAUGAGCUUGAGAGGUGGCGUGGUACGCUGCUCAUGUGGGCAGUUGCAAUCAUCCCCAUCAUCAUAAAUAUAUUUGCUCGUCGUGUUCUUGGAGGCAUCGAGGUGGCGGCGGGUAUCAUGCAUGUUGUCUUCUUACCCGUCACCAUCGCCGUCUUUGUUGUACUUGCCCCUCGAAACCCCGACUCGUUCGUCUGGGAUACAUUUGUCGGUGGAUUGAGUGGCUGGAAGGAUUCUGGAGUUGUAUUCUCCGUCGGCCUUCUUGGUGUUAUCACCCCCCUUGCUGGCGUCGAUGGCGUAAUCCACAUGGCCGAAGAAGUGAAAAACGCAAAAUUCGUCGUUCCUCGCUCCAUGAUCUAUGGAACUUUGAUCAAUGGUGUUCUCGCCUUCGGCUACCUGGUCGCCGUCCUCUACUGCAUGGGUAACUAUACCGAAGCCGUCCUCAGCGCAACAGGCUACCCCAUCAUCACCAUUGCCUAUCAAGCAACCGGCUCGAUAGCAGCCAGUUGUGUCCUCAUGGCUCUGGGCAUGCUUCCGGGUUGGAUUGCGCUCUUCAACGGGCUUGCCUCCGUUACGCGUCUCACCUGGGCUUUUGCUCGAGACAAUGGGCUUCCCUUCUCCGACUUCUUUGCCGUCAUUGACCCAGUCUACAAGAUUCCUCUCCGUGCACUGUCCCUAGUUGCAUCCUGCAUGUUUGCUCUCUCGUUCAUCCAGAUCGGGUCGACGGCUGCGUUCAACGCUAUUCUCUCGCUCAGCACGCUCGGCUUGUAUAUCUCUUAUCUUAUUCCUCUCGUCCUGCUUGUCAUGAAGCGCUUCAUGGCACCUCAUGAUAUCCCAAAGGGUACAUUCACUCUGGGGAAAUUUGGCCUCCCCAUGAAUCUUCUUGCCAUUCUCUUCGCUACUUAUUUUUCAAUAUUCCUCCCUUUCCCUGCAACACUACCGGUUACUGCGGAAAACAUGAACUAUGCAGGACCUGUGCUUGGAUUUAUUAUGUUGUUUGCCUGUGUUGAUUGGCUUGUUCGUGGACGGCACAAGUGGCAGGGACCUACAAUGAGACCGUAUGAUAGGAACGAGUGA